AUGGUAGCGGAGGACGAUGCGAGGAAAGGCGUCCCGUCCCUGCUGUCCUCGAAGCCCGGGGAGGAGUGCAUUGCCUCCAACAUCACCCAGGUGCGCUGUUGGACGCCACUGGUAGAAAUGAACAACGUUGCUAAAAGAGAGGGCAUAGAAGCACGGCUGGUCGGCAAGAUGGAAACAUACCAACCCCUUUGCUCGGUUAAGGACAGGAAUGCUCUCCGAAUGAUUGAAGAUGUAGAGGAAAGGGGCCUCAUCUCGCCUGGAGUUACGACCCUGAUUGAGCCAACAAGCGGCAACCUUGGUAUUGGAUUAGUGUUCAUUGCUGUCCAGAAAGGCUACAGGUUCAUUACUGUUAUGCCGGCUAAGUAUUCACUUGACAAACAGAUGCUGUUAAGAUUUUUGGGCGCAGAAGUAGUACUAACAGAUCCUGCAGUUGGGUAUGAUGGAAUGGUCAACAAGGUGGAAGAGCUGCUUAAGACCAUACCAAAUUCAUAUUUUCUGAAUCAAGCAACUAACACAGCAAAUCCAGAGGCACACUUCAAAUGGACUGGACCCGAGAUAUGGAAGGACACGGCAGGCAAAGUGGAUGUUUUUGUGGUGUCAGUUGGUUCAGGAGGCGCAUUGACAGGCGUAGGAAGGUACCUGAAGAUGAAAAAUCCAUCAGUAAAUAUAUUGUGCGUCGAGCCUGCAGAAAGUGCUGUAAUUUCAGGUGGUGCGCCAGGGAAACACCAGAUCCACGGCACGGGGCCAGGUUUCAUACCCGAAGUCCUGGACACUUCAAUCAUCGAUGAGGUUGUGACGGUGAGCACAGAGGAAGCCAUGGUGAUGGCAAGAAGGCUGGCCAAGGAGGAGGGGCUACUUGGCGGCAUAUCUUCCGGUGCAAACGUCCCUGCUUGCCUGAAGAUUGCUGGCAGGGACGAGAACAAGGGGAAGAUGAUUGUCACCAUGUUACCGAGUGGUGGCGAGCGGUACAUGAACUCCGAUCUCUUUGCAGAAGUCAGGGAUGAAUGCAGUACCAUGACCUUCUGA